AUGCGAGUCCGACGGGAUUCCCCGUCGAUCGACAAGAGCGCGGCGAGCGGUCCUCUCAAAACACCGAGUAAAGUUGCAGCUCUGAAACAAUGUUUGGAAUUCAUUAUGGAGGCAAAGGGCAAAGUUUCCCCACCUGCGAUGCCGAACUGGCUAGUUGAAGAGACCGCACAUUGCGUCACGCUCGCGUCCAGUUCGGCUUCCCCCUUGUUAGCGGGUUCAUUGUCCGGGACUAGUGCGGAGCGUGACCAGAAGUGCUACGCGGGCUCUCGUGAUCCCGGUAUCAGGGCGGUGCAGCCGACGCGCACUGAAUUU